GUGUAACCACAGUCUUAUGCAGAAAUUUGGAGUCCUUGUUUUUCUGUCUCUAAGAGCUUGAAAUUAUAAAAUGAGCUUAGAAACCAGUGGGCCAGAAGGUAUAAAUCUGAUUAUUUAAUUGCCCUUAUAAUCUCUCCACAUUUUUUCUUAGUUGUCGGAGAAAUAGAUCUUUAUAUAUAUUCUAAGGGUUUUCUUCUAUAUUCCAGUUUGUAGGAUGGUUUAGAGAGGUGUGUGAUGGUGCCCUUCUAUUACAGCUUUGGAAUGUCCUCCCUAUGUAGUGCUACCUUUAUUGAAUGUUAAGGAAUAAGGAUUUUUAAAAGUUGCAUGGUUAGGUUAUGGGUUGUCAUUAAAUGGAACUGUGGGUUUUUAACCAAGACCAACCCGUGAAGAGAACCCAGGACCUUGUUGGGUUGUCAAUUGUGAGUUGUUCAGACUGUGAGUAAUGUGUAAUCCCAUAAUAAUGGGAUCUUCAUGGGAGGCUUUGUCAAGGUUCAGAGGCAGCAGGCAAGUGCCAUCAAAGAUCCCGGAGUCUUUCCAUGCUGUACUGCAGUGUUACGAAGACAGUUGCGAUACAGGGAAGGAGUGGGCCAACAAGAAGGGAAACAAACAGCCCAGGGACUUAGAAAAAACCCUGGGUUGAUGCUCUGUGUGAACCAUGCCUUACAGGGAGUUAGAAUGCUAAAGAUAAUGGUGGUUUUGAUUGGUUUUUGUGUGUGUAUGCAAUAAUAUAGUGCACCAGGUGGUUGCAUCAGAAAAGGUUAUAAACCUGGUAUAAAAAUUCCCACUGGGUUCCUUUCUCUCCCCCACCCUUCUUUCUUUUUGCUCUCAGAGGGCCCUUACUCUCCUCAUUUAUAGCAUGCUGGGUUGUAUGCUUUAUGUUUUAUAACAGAGCAAAGCCUGCUCUUAGAAAGGCUACUACUUUGACCCGAGUUGUCAGUACUGCCCUAUUUUGUAUAUCUUGAAUCAGAUCCUGCCCGUGCUUUGUUUUGAGAAACAAUACUUGUGCUCUAAUAUUACUGUUUUCUCUUCUAGUUGUUCUCCAUAGCUUUUUAACUUUUGUUGAAACAGGGCUUUGUUAUGCAGGCUGUUUGCCAGGUUAAACAUACUCCCAACUGUAUCAAAACCAGGCUUUAUUCAUGUGCUUUAUGGGGCAUGAUAGCUGGGAGUAAUGGGAACACUGUCCAAGAGCAGACUUCCUCUCCCAUUUAAUUAUAGAGUUUCUGUACCAUUGAAGAUUGGAAACUGCCAUUCAGUCCCCCACAGAUGGAAAAUCUCUGGUCUUGCCUCUCUUAAUCCAGAUUUAGUCUACUCAAAGUCACUUAAUAUUGGAUCAUACAUACGUGGUCAGCUAGGAUGAAUAAGAAAAGCCUCCAGUUGGAAAGCAUGAGCUGACUGGGCACAAAGUAGCAGUGAAGAUCUUGAACAGACAGAAGAUUCGCAGCCUUGAUGUUGUGGGGAAAAUCCGCAGGGAGAUCCAGAAUCUGAAGCUUUUUCGGCAUCCACACAUAAUUAAGCUGUACCAGGUUAUCAGCACUCCAUCUGACAUUUUCAUGGUGAUGGAAUAUGUUUCAGGAGGUGAACUGUUUGAUUACAUCUGUAAAAAUGGAAGGCUUGACGAAAAGGAAAGUAGACGUCUGUUCCAGCAAAUCCUUUCUGGUGUGGAUUAUUGCCACAGGCACAUGGUAGUCCAUAGAGAUCUGAAACCUGAAAAUGUGCUGCUUGAUGCACACAUGAAUGCCAAGAUUGCCGAUUUUGGCCUUUCAAAUAUGAUGUCAGAUGGAGAAUUUUUAAGAACAAGCUGUGGUUCUCCUAACUAUGCUGCUCCAGAAGUAAUUUCAGGAAGGUUAUAUGCAGGUCCAGAAGUGGAUAUCUGGAGUAGUGGAGUUAUCCUCUAUGCUUUAUUAUGUGGAACCCUUCCAUUUGAUGAUGAUCAUGUGCCAACACUUUUUAAGAAGAUAUGUGAUGGUAUAUUUUAUACUCCUCAGUACCUGAAUCCAGCCGUAAUUAGCCUUUUGAAACACAUGUUGCAGGUGGAUCCCAUGAAGAGAGCUACGAUCAGAGACAUAAGGGAACAUGAAUGGUUUAAGCAAGAUCUUCCCAAGUACCUCUUUCCUGAAGACCCAUCUUACAGUUCAACAAUGAUUGAUGAUGAAGCCUUAAAAGAGGUCUGUGAAAAGUUUGAAUGCACAGAGGAGGAAGUUCUGAGCUGCUUGUAUAAUCGAAAUCAUCAGGAUCCUUUAGCAGUUGCCUAUCACCUAAUUAUAGAUAACAGAAGGAUAAUGAAUGAAGCGAAGGACUUCUAUUUGGCUACAAGCCCACCAGAUUCCUUUCUUGAUGAUCACUUCUCCCGUCCCCACCCUGAAAGAGUGCCAUUUUUAGUUGCUGAAGCACCAAGGCCACGCCAUACGCUUGAUGAGUUAAACCCGCAGAAGUCCAAACAUCAGGGGGUCAGAAGAGCUAAGUGGCAUUUGGGGAUCCGGAGUCAAAGUCGGCCAAAUGACAUAAUGGCAGAAGUUUGUCGAGCAAUCAAACAAUUGGAUUAUGAGUGGAAGGUUGUAAAUCCAUACUACCUGCGUGUUCGAAGGAAGAAUCCCGUGACUGGCACGUAUUCCAAAAUGAGCCUGCAGUUAUACCAGGUGGACAGUAGGACGUAUCUACUGGAUUUUCGUAGCAUUGAUGAGGAAAUUACUGAAGGAAAAUCGGGGACUACCACUCCCCAGAGGUCUGGCUCUGUGACUAACUACAGAUCUUGUCAGAAGGAUUUGGACAGUGAUGCUCAAGGCAAAUCCUCUGAUGUGUCUCUUACCUCAUCGGUGACCUCGUCCCUUGACUCUUCUGUCGUGGAGUUAACCCCAAGAUCAGGGAGCCACACAAUAGAAUUUUUUGAGAUGUGUGCAAAUCUUAUUAAAAUACUUGCACAAUGAUUUGUAAGAUUGGCUUUUUUUACAGCAAUAAGCAUGCCUAAAAAUAAAAUGAAAUCAUAGUCAAAUGCUUCCAAUUAUAAUCAAGUUACAGUUAACUUUGGCGCUGAGAAGACUAGCCACAUUGCAGUUUGCACAGGAAUUGAACAUAAAUUUAAAAUCAGUCUAGACCUCUUAAUGUAACAAAGCAAAUGAUUAUUAGACAGUCCACUGGUGUGAUACAGGUACAAGAAAUGACAGCCUUUUUGAGCAGAGUUUAUUUUUCAUUGUGUACAUGUUGGGGCUUUGUGGAGUAUUAACCAUAAGGACCUUUUUGUAGGUUGUCUUUAUAUUGCUGAUUAUAUAUUCCUAUUACAGUAUAAGUGGUCACUUGCUCAAUGAGGGGUCCAUGAAGGUAACUUUUUGGAUCCCAGUUUUUACUUGCACCCUGCUCUAUCAGUAUAAAUGUUCUCUUUGUCAAACAGCACUUCAAAUAUCCGGCACUUGUCUCAUGUGUUCGCCAGCCAGUGGUGCACAUCGGAUGGGAGAAGCUAAAGCAGUUCCAGUCUGGCUUUUUACCGAUGUUGAUGUAUUGUGGCAAAUCCCAAGUCAAAAUUCUCAUGGGUUUGAAUCCUUAUUAGAUACAGGAGUGAAAUUACAAUGCCAAAUAGACUCAGUAGAAGCAAUUUUUGGUUCAGUACUGAGAAAUGAAUGAAGAAAUGGGCCAGGUUCAGAAGAACCCUGGAACUUGUUCUGUGAGCCCACCCAGAUGCUUAGGGCAUGGCUUUUCUCAAGCCACUGCUGCAUGUGCUGAGUUUAAGAACUGAUUUGCCCCAUGGCCUGCUGUUCAAAGGUGGGGCAGUGAAAAAUUCCAUUGUGCAAGCAUAAGUCCUUUCCAUGAGCCUAAACAGAUGCUUGGAUGUAGGUGUUAGUUGAGGAUUAGAGGGAGCACAGCUUUCCAACCUCAGGCAGCAUCCAGUCUAUCAAGAUGAGAAAAUACUUGUGAGAUUUACAACUAUGCAGAUUCACUGGCCUGUAUAUCAUGCUGGUUGUUAGUAAGCAGCUUCUUGCAUGUUGUUAUACUGUGGAUCCUGUGCCUGAAUGCAACAAGCAUGCAGCUGAUAGGACAGCCCAAAUGGAUUUGUUCACACAGUUCCUGAGCAUUCCGUGUUUCCUGUUUUCAUACAGCUUUCGUAUACAGAUUUUUUGGCAAAAUUACUACCCAUUCUAGUAAUGGGUGAUUUGGAUCUUGACUAUGUUGCAUAAUCACUUUUUUACACCACUUUUUUAUACUGAAUUAAGAUUUGUAAAAGUAAUGGAAAAUUUAAGUAGCUUUGGUUUGGUUUUGCAAUGUACAAAAAUCAAUUGGUUAGAAAUGAGUGAGCAGCGUUGGCUAGAAGAAACCAAGCUUGCUUUUGGUAAUUUAUUGCAAAUGUUCACAUAAUGCUCCUCCAAAAACCCUGGCAUUUUUAUUGGACAAGGAAAAUGUGAUAUAGAUUAAAUAAAAACAGAGAAGUAUAUCUGGGGGAAAUGCCUAUUUCCAAUUAUUCUUGCACAAGUUAACCAUGGUUAGCACUAUCUCUGGUUUGCUGCCUUAAUCUUAAUCCCAAACAUACAAGACCAUGUUCACAGAGAUUAGUAAACCCACAUUCCAAAUAAUUCUGGGUUAUUGUGAAUGAGCUGCAUGGUACUGUACGCAGCAUGUUCUUCUCCAUAUUCCUCUACCAGCUAAUACCAACUGCUGCACAAACCAGGAUUUUUUUAGUGUGUCGUUUCAACUGGCUAUCCUAGCUUGUUGGUACAAACAUAGCCCAGAAUUUCAAAGGAUGGUUUACUCUUAGUUUAUAAGUUAUGAUAAGUUUUGGAACAAGGCAAGAGCCACAGUUCAGACAACAUGCUAUACAAAUCUUUCCUGGUUUGUUUAGUCACUGUGCUAGAAGUAAGGACUAAACAGGUUUUAAGUACUUGCUUGCUUGUGAUAAGCCAGGUUUUCCAGAAUGCUGGAUUAGUGUUGUGUGCCACCAAGUCCACACUGAAGCUAUGGGGUUAUCAAGGAGGCACUACAGUGAUUCAUUUUCUCCUUGCAAGCAGUGAGGCAAGGGGAAACUGUUACUGUGGCUGAUGCUUUAUAAAAAGUUAAUGCAAACUCACUGCAGACAAAGGUUUCAUCACCCUAGUUUGUGGCCAGCCCUUCUAUGAUUUGAGUAUUCAAAGGGUUAAGGAAAAUGAAACCAUGGUAAGUGCUGUAGAAGUACUGGAGCAUAGCAUGUGUGGAUGGCAGAAAACAGAGCUCUCAAUCUUUCAUUUCCAUGGGAAUAUGGGAGUGGGAGAGGUUUCCACUGGAUUGUGCCAGCAAUGAAUUAAGGAAGCAGGUGACAAAAAUAGUCAUCUGUAUCUGCUAAGCAAGUUGACACUUGAGACUAAGGUUGCACUGAAUUAGAAGAAACAUGCAGUGGCCUAUGCUGGUAUCUGUUGCAUUAAUGCAGGGCUUGCAUUGUUUGUUGGUAUUUUAACUAGGCAGAUGCUAGACCUUAACUAUUGUGCUACCUUCCAAGACCCAUAAACUCCACAGUCAUAGUUGGAAUCUUGUCCCAUGCUGGGCUUUCAGAGUCAAGAGACAUAUAGUGGUCUUCUCAUGUUACUUUCGGAAUGUAGCAAUGUCUUUAGAAUGGAACCUGGGUAGAAGUCCUUAAUGUGUACUCCAAAAGGAAUGUGAGUGGAGGGUGGGUGGCUGGGUGGGGGGAGCUUAAAAGGCACCAUUUGAUAUGUUGUACUACUGUAAUACCGUAAGAGGGGUUGUCUUGGGGGACCAAGUAAUUGUCCUGCCUUUUUAAUUUACCAAAAUUAAAAAUAAACAUACUUUUUAUGUCUAGUUCUGCUGCACCGAUUCAAUAAUUGUGAUUUAUUUUAGUAAUGCUGUGUUAAUCUUGAAAUCGUUAAUAUUGCACUUUGGAAAUAGCAUGAACGCACACUAUACCCUGCCACCCUUUUAUUGCUGGGUAGCCUCCUAGGAUGUGUUCAGUAACCACAAUCUCUGGCAUUGGCAAACAUCAGACUAUAGUGGGCAUAAGCCAUAAAUCCCUCUGCUGUACACCACCAUCUAUUUCUGUAGGACAUGCAGCCCAACUAUAUGCAUGUUUAUACUGAAAUCAGUCACACUGUGUAAUAGGACUUUACUCCUAAUUUUUUAUGGCUUUAGAACUGCAGCUUUGGUGGAACUCCUGUACAAGACUCACUGAAAUGGAUGGAAGGUGUCUGCCAGCAGCAUAGGUUGGAUCACAUCCAGUGUCCUUGCACUAGAAAGUUACAUGGUGCAGUAAACUUUAAUCUUGAUAUAUUCAUUUUUGUUCAAAGCCACCAGGCUUUUAACUUUUAUCUUGGGAUAUGGAGGUUAAAUUAUGUAACAGAAAGCUACGGUUGUCUAUUCUUGAAUGGUCAGUUUUAAUUUCUUUCUUAAAUAGCCUUUGGCCAUUAAAUGUUCCCUUUUCAAUUUUUAAUGCAUUUUUUCAUAGCCAGGGCUGUCCAGUAUGUACUUUUCAAGCAAAAAAGCCUCUCUCUCUUUUCAUAAGCUUUUACAGUAAAAUACUGAUAGUAACUUCUUUUAUUUUUUGAAUUGUUACAUUAGGAAAUAGCAAUAGAUGGUCCAUACAGAGGAGCUGUUUUAUGAAAGAGGCACUGUGAAGAAAAAGGGCUUAACAUGAUCUUCAAGAACUAGGCAUAGGGAGCAUUGUAUAACUGGCCAAGUACCUUUUUUUAGUAUGUAUCGGUUUCUUCAAGUUUUAUUUCAGUGGUAAAACCCUUCAAGUUACAUUUUAAUUGCAGUUCAUAAUUGAUUGGGGAGUGGGUGGGAAUAAAACUGUCCAUGUGCAAUGUAACUUAACACUGGUAAGAAGGUAGAUGUCCAUCUUUAUGGUGCAAUAUUUCCAACAACCAACUUUUGUAUAUGUUCUGACAUUUUUUGUGUUUUAGUACAAGCUUUGAGAGAUUUACAUCUGUCAAUUGAUUUUACCAUUGUAUAGCUUAAAUGGAUUAUCACCUUUCAAACAAGAUGUGCCUACUUCUACUGCAGAUCUCUUUCUCUCUCUCUCUCUCUCUCUCUGGCAAUACUGAAUGAAAAACUGCUUGUGAUAGCUGUAUAUUACUUGUUACUUUUAACAAACAUUAAAUUGUAUGCAAGUAAAUAUAUUUGAUGUUUUCCUGUG